AUGCGGCCCCAGAGAGGCGCUCCCUGGCCCGUUGUCCCCGCGGUGACCCCCGGCCUCUGUGCGGUCCCACACGUGUCCCAUGGCAGCCCGGGGGGGGCCCAUGGGGGAAGGGUCUCCGGUCCGAGGGAGUUUCAGGCUGCUGCCAUCUCUGGCCCUGCCUGGCCCCAUCCCACAGUGCCGUGGGGAGAAUUUGGGGCCUCCCUGCUGGGAAGGGAGAUCCAAGACCCGUAUCCUGAACCCCAGAACCUGGCAGCUGCCCGCGCUGCACUGGGGGGCCAAGACCCCCGGGAGCUGCUGCGGCAGGACGAGGAGGGGGACACGCUGCUGCACGUGCUCUGUGCCGGGGGGCAGCGGGCGCUCGCCCGGGCUGUGGCCGAGGCUCUGCGGGACCUGGGGGGACUUGAGGUGCGGGAGCACCUGGGCAAGACUCCCCUGCUGGUGGCAGCAGCAGCUGCAGCCCCGGAGAUUGUGCGGGACCUGCUUGUCCUGGGGGCCAAUCCUGAUGCCGCUGACCACGGGGGCCGCACGGCGCUGCACCUGGCUGCAGCCUAUGGGCACCCUGAAAUCCUCCAGGCCAUGAUGUCCUCAGGGGUUCCUGUCAACGUGGAGGCCAGAAAUUUUGAGGGCCAGACCCCUCUGCACUGCGCUGUCCUGGCUCACAAUGCCUCACUGCAGGGAGGGCACAGCCCCGUGGGGGGCUCUGGAGGGGGUUCCCCCACUCCCCAGGACCGAUUCCGCUGUGUGGAGCUGCUCCUGCAGAUGGGGGCAGACAGCAGCAGCCAGGACACCAAAAGCAGCCUGACAGCGCUGCACCUGGCCGUGCGGGGAGGCAACCUUGCCCUGGCCCACCUGCUGCUGCGCCAGCCUGGCAUGGCCCCCCGCCUCGUCAACAUGAAGGCCCACGGGAACACCCCCCUGCACAUGGCAGCAGCACUGCCCGGGACCCCCAGCCAGGAGCCCCUUGUGAGGCUGCUCCUGGCCUGGGGCGCCGACCCCAGCGCCCGCAACCUGGAGCACGACCUGCCCCAGAGCCUGCUGCCCCCGGGGGCCCCCGGAGAACAGCUCCGCCUCCUCCUGAGGAGCCGCCGGGGGUCCCAUCGCCCCCCCCACACCGCCGUGUGACGUCAGAGGGGCGGGGUCUCC